AUGACCGCAAAGUAUGUCUAUCUUUCUUCUAUUCUCUACUUGCCUUUCUUUUUUCAUUUGGUGCUUUCCCAAUUGACCCAAAAUCAGAUUAACACAAUGACUAGGCUCUAUGAGAUUCUUCAAAAUGAUAUUGGUAAUUAUUCUUUUGUGUGGCAUGGGACUGAUAAAAGUUCAGACCCAUGUUCAUGGAAAGGUAUUUCUUGCAGUCCUAGUUACUCUUCCAUAACUAAAGUCUCUUUUUCAAGGUUUUCUAUCUUUAGCUCUGAGUUCUUGCCUGUUAUUUGUCAACUCGAUACUUUGGAGUCUCUUAAUGUUUCCCAGAACCAUUUAAGCUCAAUCCCAAAUGGGUUCAUCACUAGUUGUGGGAAAAUCAGGGGAUUGAAAUCGUUGAGCUUUAAUUGGAAUCGGUUGGAGGGUUCUUUGCCUGCUUUCACUGGUUUUCAAAAGUUGGAGUUUUUGGACAUGUCUCGUAAUAACUUGAAUGGAAAAGUUGACUUGCAGUUGAGUGGAUUGAAUUCACUUAAGAGUUUGAACCUCACGGAAAACCAAUUUUCUGGUUCAGUUCCUACCAGUCUUGGAAAAUUUAAUCUACUGGAGGAGCUUCAACUUUCUGCAAAUCAUUUUCAAGGUGAAUUCUCCACUCAAAUUGUGAACUUUGGCAACUUGACAUUGAUUGACCUGUCUUUUAACAACCUAUCUGGUGUAAUUCCUGAUAGAUUAGGAGAACUUUCCAAAUUGCAAGUCUUGAACUUGUCAGCCAAUAAAUUGAGCGGCACAAUCCCACAAUCCCUUAGGAAUAUCAAAACACUGACAGAUUUUGAUGCAAAUCAGAAUGGUUUCGUUGGAAUUAUACCAAUUGGUUUAACCAAGAACCUAUGGAAUUUGGACCUAAGUUUUAACAAUUUAAAUGGUACAAUUCCUCAGGACCUGCUAUCCCCACUGAAUUUGCAGUUUGUUGAUCUUACUUCCAAUAAUUUGGAAGGAAUUGUUCCUCCGAACAUAUUGGUAAAUUUGAUCAGGUUGAGCUUGGGGCAAAAUGCUUUGAAUGGAUCAUUUCCAUCUGCUUCCUUUGGAAGCUUUCAGAGUUUGACCUACUUGGAGUUAGAUAACAACCAGCUAAGUGGAUCAAUUCCUUCUGAAUUAGGAAAGUGCCAAAACUUGGCCCUUAUGAACUUAGCCCAGAAUAAGCUGAGUGGUCCUAUUCCUGUUGAGUUGGGUAAUAUAUCUAAUCUUCAGGUACUGAGUCUUCAGUCCAAUAACCUAGCUGGAGAAAUUCCAAGCAAUGUUUCACAGUUGAACAGAUUGCAGAGGCUCAAUAUCAGCUGGAAUUCAUUGACUGGUUCCAUGCCGAGAUCGUUGUCAAGUUUGACAAAUCUCACAAACUUUAGUUUGGAGGGGAAUAAACUAAGUGGUCGAAUUCCGAUCGAUAUUAGUAAUUUAAAUCAGCUGCUCGAACUCCAACUUGGAGGGAAUCAACUUGGUGGGCCUAUUCCCGAGAUGCCGUUGAGUUUACAAAUCGCUUUGAAUCUGAGUCACAAUCAUUUUCAAGGGCCUAUACCAGUUAGUCUCUCUAGAUUAACUUCAUUGGAAGUUUUGGAUCUCUCUUACAACAGUUUCUCGGGUCAGAUUCCCGACUUCCUAACUAAAAUGAGAGGCUUGACUAGGUUGGUGCUUUCGAAUAAUCAACUCUCUGGAGUUGUUCCAUCGUUUGGAAGUUUUGUCAGUGUUGAUAUAAGUGGAAAUAGGGAUCUGAUCAAUCCUUCCCCAGUUGCAAAAAAGAGGAUAUCAUUAGUUUUAGUAGUUGUAUGCAGCGUUUGUUUUGGUAUCAUGGCAAGCAUUUGUAUUCAGUACUUUGUUUUGAAGCACCUGUAUCGAACUGAGUUUUGUUGGUUAACUGAUGAUAGGCUCUACAAGUCUCGAAUCAAACAGUCCAAGGCCAUGACUGCAAUUUGUAGGCCAGUUAACAUUAUGCGAAGCAACGAGUUGUACACAUACUACAGGGUUAUGAUGUCUUGCGGUGUGUACUAUUGCAUCAAGAAGAUUACGAGGAGAAAGAAGUCAUUCAUCUUGCAUAGCUUGGAAAGGUUCGAGCAAGGGCUUGUAAAUAUAGGUCACCUUAGCAACUACACUAUGGCCCCCCUUGCUUAUGUUGUUGAAUCUGAUACUACAUAUAUCUUUUAUGAAUACCCUCAACAUGGAACACUCUUUGACCUCCUUCAUGGAAGAAGUGAUGACAAUGUUUUAGACUGGAAAAGUCGUUUUGCCAUAGCAGUUGGCAUUUGUAGAGGUUUGGAUAUCUUACAUGGAGGCUCUCUCUUCAGCGAUCCGAUCAUCCCCCUCCAUGUUUCAACAAGCAGCAUCUUUAUGGAACAUUUGGACCAGCCCUUAAUUGGAGAUAUUGAGCUUGGGAGGGCAUUUAGUUCUUCACAAAUUACCGUAGCAGUGGGAUAUGUUCCUCCAGAAUAUGCAUAUGUGAUGAGAGUGACUGAGGCUGGUAAUAUGUAUAGCUGUGGGGUAAUAAUGCUUGAACUGCUGACGGGGAAACCAGCCAUUAGUGAAGGAACAGAGUUGGCUAAGUGGAUUAUCCAGCAUGAAGAUUUGGGUGAAGUUCUUGACAGCAGAGUGAGUGGAAAUUCUGUUCAAGUUCAUCAACAAAUGCUUUUACUGCUUGAAAUUGCUCUGCAAUGCUUGAGUGUCUCUCCAAGUGAAAGACCUGAUGCCACAGAACUACUAGAGACAUUGCUAUCUUUGGGCCAACAGUUUGGUAUCUAA